CUCGGGCCUAGGGCUCAGCUCCUUCUUUCCGUUCAUCAUCUUCACCACUCAUCGAUUCAAGCAGUCUUCCUUUCGUCGCGAUAUCCCUGCGUCGUCGACGAUUCUUUCCUGCCUUGCAAGAAUCACGCUUUUAGAGUAGAGCAAUGGAGGAUGAUGCCAAUGCUACCAAGAAUGAGGAAGAGGAAUUCAACACAGGUCCACUCUCUGUAUUGAUGAUGAGUGUUAGGAGCAAUACUCAGGUGCUGAUUAACUGCAGGAACAACCGGAAGCUUUUGGGACGCGUGAGGGCUUUUGAUCGUCACUGCAACAUGGUUCUUGAGAAUGUUCGGGAGAUGUGGACCGAGGUACCUAAAACUGGAAAGGGCAAGAAGAAAGCACUCCCCGUGAACAAAGAUAGGUUCAUAAGCAAGAUGUUCCUACGAGGAGAUUCUGUUAUCAUCGUACUUAGGAACCCGAAGUGACUUGCAAGUGAUCUCCCUUUUUUUUUUUUUUCAUUCGGCGAGUAGAUGUUUAGAUACUGAGACUUUUGUUGCUCAAGGAUCUGUAGUAGGCUUUUGCCUUAUUGUCAGUUAACUCUGUACCUGCUUAAUAUGGUCAGAUCAUACUAUACUAUCUAGUAAAGAUGUAGUAUUUGCCUUGUUUCACUAUGGCUUAAUAUACAUCUUCUAUCUUGUUAUUGUCU